AUGGGAAAGAAGCGGGCAAGAGAGGCUGACGGGAAGCAGGCGGCGUCCAAGGAUGCCGACCGGAUGGACGAAGACUCGGACGACGAAGAGAACUUUGACAUUGUCAACGUGGAGUUUGAGUGGUUCAACUUUGACGCAGACGUCGACUUCCACGGCACCAAGACGCUACUGCGGCAGCUGCUGGACGUGGACGCUCCGUUGUUUGACGUGUCGGGACUGGCGGACUUGAUCCUGGCGCAGCCGACGAUCGGGUCGACGGUCAAGGUGGAUGGCAAGGCCAACGACGCGUACGCGCUGGUGACGGCGCUGAGCAUGCGCGAGCUGAGCGGAAAGCCGGCCAUGGCGACGCUGACGCGGUACCUGGCCGAGAAGGCAGCAGCCCAGGUGUCGGGUCCGCCAGCGCUGGGCAGCCUGUUGCCGGGGUUGUUGGCGCAGCAGACGGCGUCAUCGGACGCGACAGCGCCACACGUCGGCCUCGUCCUAUCGGAGCGACUCGUCAACAUGCCGGCCGAGGUGGCGCCGCCCAUGUUUACGAUGCUGGCAGAUGAGAUCGAGGCGGCAGUCGAGGACGGCGAGCCGUACGGGUUUACGCACUACCUCGUGCUGUCCAAGACGUACCAGGAAGUGCAGUCGUCGCUGGCCGUGGUGGUCGACUCAGACGAGGAGGACGGCAGCAGCCGGGGCGGCGGCAGGCGCAAGAAAGCACGCAGCAGCGGCGCCGGCGCCGACGGGGCAUCGCCCAUCUUCCACUUCCACCCCGAGGACGAGGUGCUGCAGCGACACGCGCUGGCUUACGGCACGUACGCCUUCACCAAGGCCGACGAGGCCGUGGCUGACAGCAAGCGGGCCUUCCAGGAUAUGGGCGUCCAGGCACACGGACUGCUGAUCCUAAUCGAAGCCGACAAGCUCGCAGGUGCCAUCAAGGCUAUGGGUGAGUAUUUGCAGACGCCGCAGUGA